UGCCAGCGGGCGUCCGCCGCGCACCCAGCUCCUUGCGCCCAGCCGCGCCGCAGCGCCAACAUGCCCGCCGUCGACAAACUCCUCCUGGAAGAGGCUUUGCAGGACAGCCCGCAGACGCGGUCUUUGCUCAGUGUAUUUGAAGAAGAUGCAGGAACCCUCACUGAAUAUACAAACCAGUUGCUUCAGGCAAUGCAACGAGUCUAUGGUGCUCAGAAUGAAAUGUGUCUUGCCACACAACAGCUUUCAAAGCAGCUCCUUGCCUAUGAAAAGCAGCAUUUUGCCUUAGGUAAAGGAGAUGAAGAAGUGAUAUCCACCCUUCAUUACUUUUCAAAAGUUGUGGAUGAGCUCAAUAUUCUUCAUUCUGAACUGGCAAAACAGCUUGCAGAUACAAUGGUUCUACCAAUAAUACAAUUUCGAGAGAAGGAUCUCACAGAAGUAAGCACGUUGAAGGAUCUUUUUGGCCUUGCUAGCAAUGAACAUGACGUGUCCAUGGCAAAGUAUAGCAGGUUACCGAAAAGGAAAGAAAAUGAAAAGCUUAAGGCAGAAGUGGCAAAAGAAGUGGCAAAUGCAAGAAGAAAGCAGCACCUUUCAUCUCUGCAGUAUUACUGUGCCCUGAAUGCUCUGCAGUACAGGAAGAGAGUGGCAAUGAUGGAACCUAUGGUAGGAUAUACACGAGGACAGAUCAACUUUUUUAAGAAGGGGGCAGAGAUGUUUUCCAAAAGAAUGGACAGCUUUUUGUCAUCUGUUUCAGACAUGGUUCAAAGCAUACAGGGAGAGCUGGAUGCUGAAGCUGAAAAAAUGAGGGUAUCCCAGCAGGACUUAAUUGCAGUUAAUGAAUCUGUUUACACCCCAGAUUCUGAUGUAACUUCACCUGCUAUCAAUAGAAAUCUCAUCCAGAAGGCUGGCUACCUUAAUCUUAGAAAUAAAACAGGUCUGGUAACUACAACUUGGGAAAGACUGUAUUUCUUCACUCAAGGUGGCAACUUGAUGUGUCAGCCAAGGGGAGCAGUAGCUGGAGGACUGAUUCAGGACCUGGACAACUGCUCUGUUAUGGCUGUAGACUGCGAAGACAGAAGAUACUGCUUUCAGAUCACUACUCCUACAGGCAAAGCGGGUAUAACCCUUCAAGCAGAAAGCAAGAAAGAAUACGAGGAGUGGAUAUGUGCCAUCAACAACAUCUCCAGACAGAUCUAUCUCACUGACAAUCCAGAGGCAGCUGCAAUCAAGUUAAAUCAGACAGCCCUACAAGCAGUGACUCCCAUUACCAGCUUUGGGAAAAAACACGAAGUUCACCACCCCAGCCAGAAUGUAAAGAAUAUGGAAAAUGAUAAAAUAAUUCCCAAUGAAUCAGCUGGCAUUCAAGACUCCACACAACUCAUUGCUCCUGGAACACCGAUUCAAUUUGAUAUUGUAUUGCCUGCCACAGAAUUCCUGGACCAGAACAGAGGUGGCAGGCGUGCAAAUCCAUUUGGGGAAUCUGAAGACAGCAGCAAAGAUGAGGAGGAAGAUUCGCUCUUGCAGCAGAUGUUCGUAGUUCGGUUUUUAGGAUCUAUGGCUGUUCAGUCAGAUGACACAAGUGAGGUGAUUUAUGAAGCUAUGAGACAAGUGUUAGCUGCUCGUGCCAUUCACAACAUAUUCCGUAUGACUGAAUCCCAUCUCAUGGUCACCAGCAAGAACCUGAGGUUAAUAGAUCCUCAAACCCAAGUUACACGAACAAGUUUUGAACUUGCCACUGUGACACAGUUUGCUGCUCAUCAGGACAACAGGCGACUGAUUGGCUUUGUGGUCCAUCUCAGUGAGACUCUGGGAGAAGAAUCCAUGAGCGCAUAUAUUUUUGAGAGCAACACAGAAGGGGAAAAGAUUUGCUACGCCAUUAGCUUGGGAAAAGAAAUCAUUGAAGCACAGAAGGACCCAGAAGCAUUAGCUCAGCUAAUGAAGUCUAUGCCAUUAACAAAUGAUGGAAAGUUCGUGCUUCUGAAUGAUCAGUCGGAAGAGGAUGGAACCGUACAUGAAGAAGGGGAGGAGUCAGAAGCAUAAAACCCUCUUGUCGUUUCCUGCAGCCUGUGUGGGAGCAGGAAAAGCAGGGAGUCGUUUUGCAAGAAUCUCUGGUUUUCAGUCAUCUGCGCACACACAAGGCCAGCUUCUGUCUUCCUGCUCGAGAGAGCGCGGCAUCUUUGCAGUGGAGUUUCCUCUGCAUUUACAACGGAACAACAGCAGGACUUGGCCUUUGAGGCUUCUUGCAUUUGUGAACGCGUAGUGUGUAGGUGUGUCUGGGAAGCUGACAAUCGUCGGGAAUGUUUCCAUUAGCCCCUUGCUGCUGGCAGUUAGGACAGCACAGCUGUCAGCCACAAAGGGUUAAUCUCAUUUCUUCAGAUUUACAUGGCGAGCAGCCCACAAUUCCACUGAAAUUAGUGCAAGCUGUCAGCUCCUUUUACAAAUAUCAGGCCUCCGAUUUCCUACCAUAGUCAGUUUUCAUAGUUUGCAUGAUUAUGUGCAUCUGAAUGAAGGUUAAAAAUGCACUAUUUACUUUAUUUUCAGAUGAAGUUACUUUUAGUCUAGUUUUAAGUGUAACAAGAUUUAUCUUUUGUGCUAGCCUAUUUACAAAACAAUUUGUUAAACACUAAAUUUUUCCUAUUAAUAUAAUCUAUUUUUAUAUUGCAUCUAGAAGAAGCUUACACAACAAAUCUAAGUGCCUACUCUUACCUUCAUGGGGACCACUCUCACACAUUCUGUAAUUAAAUAAUUGACAUAAUGUACCUCCUUGAUUUAUUACUCUAAAUACCACUGACAUGCAAACAUCAGAAGUAGUCAAUGAAUGUGGCAUGUUAGUUGUGUGCAGUUUUUCUAUGGUUAGGUUUCUUAAAAGUUAAAUUGCCAGAGAUGAUAAUUGUAGGACAAAUAAGUACUCUUAUAAUAAGAACUCUUUGUAUUUUGAACAUUACAGUGACAUGCAACAGCUGAGUCUAUCUACCAGCAAUCUUUGGUUUUAAGAAACUGAGCAAUAAAAUGCUAGAUUGUAAGUCUACAAUGUAUUGACUAGUCUUAUAGUACCUUCCUGAAAUUAGGCACUAGAUACAUUUGGCUAUAAGUUUAGAUUUUCUCCUCUCCAGUUUAACCUGAAAACAUGAGAAACUGUACUUUGCAAGAACAAACAAAAAUAAAGAAACAGUAGUUAUU